UCCAAUCGUGUGACGGAGUUUUCUGGCAGGUGUCUCCUUGAAAAGAUCGGCGGUUUCUUCGGGUGACCUGCCAAGACCCACAGUUGCUCGCGUGAUCCUAACACCUGCGGACCGGAGGAGCGCAGGAGGACCAACAGACAUGAAGUCCGUACUAUUCUGUUUACUUGGGAUUGCGCUGGUGGGGACUGCCGUUGCGCAGGUUGUGAGUUUGGGCAAAGGAUGCAGUGACGCCGAAGCCGAGAAGUGCAACCUGGAGUUCCUCACGUUCGGUUUCAGCUCCAAGCUGCCGGACACCGCUUCAAAGCUCGCCGACUACUGCAAGAAGCGGACGAAAGCUCUGCAGUGCGCGUUGAACUACACCGACAAGUGCCUGAUCGGCGUCUACCGAGGCACCGCCUUCACCGCCAUCAACACCAUGCGAGAGGAGAACGACCGCCGGUGCAACACAUCGCACGUCGAGCACACUGAAUUCCUUCAGCACUCCAAGUGCCUGAACAAGGCCGGUGACCCAAUUCACAAGUGCAUCGUGAACUUCAAGAAGGAGUUCUACACCACCGCCGUCAAUGCCGAGAGGAAGGACCGCAUCCGUUACGGGUGCUGCGACUACACGAAGAUGUUCCAUUGCCGCGAAAAGAACCUUGCGCGACAAGUGCAACGACCCCCAGGCCAUCCUGUUUGCCCGCAACGCCGGAGAGCACAUCCUGGGAAACGCCCUGAAGAUCUUCUGCGGAGGCUUCACCACCGAGUCCAAGUUCUGCAAGGCGCUGCCAAAGCUUCCCAGGCUGCCCGCCAACACCAAGGUCCCCAAGAGCGUCAUGGUGCUGCUCAAGACCUUUCGCCACGCUAUAACUGGGCCAUCCAAGAAAACGCAUGUCACACGUCCGCCAUUACAUCAUCACUGUGCCUUCUUUGCUUGUGGACAGAUAUAAAGCCCACAGGAAAACAAAGGGCCUUGCUUUCAGUAAAAACGUAUCUAUGGAGGAGAGAAGUCGUGUGGGCGUGUUGAUAGUCACUCUUUGAUGCACACCUAAACUGCUCGGAAGUGAUUUGACGAAUUUAGGUUCUUGGAGCUGCAUGAACUCCAGGGAUGAAAGUAGUUAGCCAUAAUAAACUAUGGCCACAGUUACGCCGAACAAGUCGUAGUGUACUAUGACUGCGAUAUUUUUUUAAAACUUUGAACAUUAUACAGAGCGUCCAAGCUUGACCGGAUGUUACCGGAUGUAUGAUUGUCAUCACCGAAUGUUACCAGUGAAUCACUCAAAUGUUCCUUUUAUUUUUGUGAUUCGUUGAUUAUCGGUAAAAUUGAAGAUGU